AAUCGGGAGAGACCACAACUUUAUGCUUAAACCCCCCAUUCCAAAAUCCCCAACUUCACAUUGGCCAAAAAUGGCGGACAAGGUUGCUCUUCCCCUCCUCCUACCCAAUCCCCCACCCUCCAAAUCCCUCUUCCCCGUCUUCCACCACCAAUCCCCUUUACCCUCUUCUCCGCCACCUCCACCACUCAGUUUUCCUCCGCCACCACAGUCGCCCCCCUCUUCCUCAUCAUCCCCCUUAGCCCCUCUUCUCCAAGACCUCCUUCCCCACCAACACCCCUCUUCUUCCACUCAACCCCAUCUUCCCAAACCCACUUUCAGAACCCGCACCCGAAUCGGUCGGUCUCGUGACCCGAACCGCGGCAAGCCAUGGUCACACCACCGUCUCUCCACUCAAGGUCAGCGAAUUCUUGAUUCUUUACUCAACCCAGAAUUCGAUUCCUCCUCCUUGGAUGAAAUUUUACUUCAAUUGUUUGAAACCAGUCCCGAUGGACUUAAUUUCACCUCCGACUCUGUUUCCUUCGACAUUUUGGGGAUAAUCAAGGGCUUGGUGUUUAACAAGAAGAAUGAAUUAGCCUUGGGUGUUUUUGAUUUUGUUCGUAAUCGGGAAGAUUUUGCAUCCAUUUUGAGUAAUUCUGUGAUUGCUGUGAUUAUUAGUGUACUUGGUAAAGAGGGUCGGGCUUCUUUUGCUGCUUCUCUGCUUCAUGAGCUUCGAAAUGAUGGGGUACAUAUUGAUAUUUAUGCUUAUACUUCUUUGAUAACUGCAUAUGCUAGUAAUGGGAGAUAUAGAGAGGCUGUGAUGGUGUUUAAGAAACUGGAAGAAGAAGGUUGUAGGCCAACUUUAAUUACUUAUAAUGUUAUCUUGAAUGUCUAUGGCAAAAUGGGAAUGCCUUGGAGUAAAAUUUCUGCUCUUGUUGAUAGUAUGAAGAGUUCUGGGGUUGUCCCGGAUUUGUAUACGUACAAUACACUUAUCAGUAGUUGUCGUCGGGGGUCAUUGUAUGAAGAAGCUGCAGAGAUUUUUGAGGAGAUGAAAGCAGCUGGGUUUAGUCCUGAUAAGGUUACUUACAAUGCAUUGUUGGAUGUGUAUGGGAAGUCCCGGCGGCCUAAGGAAGCCAUGGAGGUUUUGAAGGAGAUGGAAGCAAGUGGGUUUGCACCUAGUAUUGUCACUUACAAUUCGUUGAUAUCGGCUUAUGCUCGGGAUGGUUUGUUAGAUGAGGCUAUAGAGCUAAAGUCGCAGAUGGUGAAGAAGGGGAUUAAGCCUGAUGUUUUUACUUACACCACAUUGUUGUCUGGAUUUGAGAAGACGGGUAAGGAUGAUUAUGCAAUGAGAGUGUUUGAGGAGAUGAAAGCUGCAGGGUGCCAAGCGAAUAUAUGCACCUUCAAUGCGCUGAUUAAGAUGCACGGUAAUAGGGGUAAUUUUGUGGAGAUGAUGAAAGUUUUUGAAGAAAUUAAGAUAUGUGAAUGCGUGCCUGAUAUUGUUACUUGGAACACUCUUUUGGCAGUGUUUGGGCAAAAUGGGAUGGAUUCGGAAGUUUCGGGAGUGUUCAAAGAGAUGAAAAGAGCAGGUUUUGUCCCCGAGAGGGACACUUUUAACACUCUUAUUAGUGCCUAUAGUAGGUGUGGUUUUUUUGAUCAAGCAAUGGCCAUCUAUAGAAGAAUGUUGGAUGCGGGGGUGACUCCCGAUCUGUCUACUUACAAUGCUGUUUUGGCAGCCUUGGCUCGGGGAGGCCUUUGGGAGCAGUCAGAGAAAGUACUUGCCGAAAUGAAGGACGGUAGGUGUAAACCAAAUGAGUUAACGUAUUGUUCUUUACUUCAUGCCUAUGCCAAUGGCAAAGAGGUCGAGCGAAUGUCUGCACUUGCUGAGGAAAUCUAUUCCGGCAAUAUUGAACCUCAAGCUGUGCUUUUGAAGACACUGGUUCUGGUUUAUAGUAAAAGUGAUCUUCUUACAGAGACUGAACGUGCUUUCUUGGAACUACGGAAACAAGGUUUUUCGCCCGAUAUAACGACGCUAAAUGCCAUGGUUUCUAUUUAUGGUAGGCGGAGGAUGGUUUCGAAAACAAACGAUAUUUUGAACUUCAUAAAGGACAGUGGGUUCACUCCGAGCUUGACAACAUACAAUAGCUUAAUGUACAUGUACAGUCGCACCGAGCACUUUGAGAAGUCAGAGGACAUCCUAAGGGAAAUUAUUGGGAAAGGAAUGAAGCCUGAUAUAAUUUCAUUUAAUACCGUUAUUUUCGCCUACUGCCGGAAUGGUCGUAUGAAAGAGGCCUCACGGAUAUUUGCUGAAAUGAAGGAUUUUGGGCUCGUCCCUGAUGUAAUUACGUAUAAUACCUUCAUUGCAAGCUAUGCAUCCGAUUCGAUGUUCAUAGAGGCGAUCGAUGUGGUAAGGUAUAUGAUCAAGAACGGAUGUAAACCCAAUCAAAACACAUACAAUUCUCUAGUAGAUUGGUUUUGUAAACUAAAUCGUCGGGACGAGGCCAGUAGUUUUGUCUCAAACCUUCGCAAUCUUGACCCAUAUGUAACAAAAGAUGAGGAAUGCAGGUUGCUGGAGCGUCUAAACAAGAAAUGGCCAUAGACUGGUAGCAACGAACAAUCAACUUGCUUCAUGGGAGAUGCCGGCUUCUCAACUGAAAGAACCAAACCGCCCAAACAAGGUGCGGAAGGUUGACUCUGAGAAAUGGUACAGAAAGUUUUACUCUUUUUAUGGCUUUAUAGAAGACAUGAUGCUGUAUCAGAUUGGGAACUUGGUGCCCAUCUUAUGGGAUUUAGCAUAAUUGUAUCCAUAUUCUAUAUGAAGAAAGUGUAGAAACUCGCAACAUUUACAUCUGUAAGUAAAAUCAUACAAGCUCUGCCUUUUAGGAA